GUUCCCUCCGGGGAUAGGCACCUGGGGCAGUGGGCCUCACCCCCACGGCGGCAGCCAGGGGACUUGUUCCGGGAAUCCAUGGACUAUCUGCGAGAGCUGGGGGCAGUGGAUGGAAGUGAGCCGUAUGUGCUGAUGCCAAACUACAUGCUGGGCCCUUCCAACUGUGACGGCACCACGAGCUUCUAUGACUUGUGCUGCCCCAGCACUUGCGAGGUGCAUAAAGGUCACCUGGAGCGUGCGGUGAUGUCGGCAACAGACCACCUUAGCGCCAUCAGCAGUGUCGUGCAAGAGCGGCUGGGCGCCGAAGUCCCCGCACCCAUGCAGCAGCAGCUGCAAGAGCUAUCCAAGGAUGGGGGUCAGAUCCUGAUUCACGGCCGUGCCUUUGCCGACUGGCUUCACAAGGUCUUCCCCCGAGACUGCCCCCGACCCCGGGCGGCGGAUUUCCAGGGUAUGGCGGGGGACAUCGUGCCGGACGCUAACGCGGAGUUCCAGCACGUCACGGACCUAAAGCAAGACCUCUUUGAGUGGUAACGAAAUCCCGCCCAAGCUGCGUGGAUUGGACAAUUCGGCCAAGAGGAGCCAUUUUGAGCCAUUGGUCGGACUUUUCUUGUUUGGUGGUUGGCGCUGGGAGC